AUGCAAGGGUCGUCUGACGCACAACCUCCAACCUCUGCUCCGCCCCUGCAGUCAGCGUCAGUUGCGCAUUUCGCAAUUCGACUGCCCCCUUUUUUCCGUUCGAGGCCAGAGAUAUGGUUCCAGCAAGCCGAGUCACAGUUCGCGCUGGGCCACAUUACAUCGCAGAUCAUCAAGUUUCAUCAUGUUUUAUCAGUGCUGCCUGAGGACGUCCUACUCCAAAUUGCGGACACCCUAAGCACCCCUGCAGCCCUAGAACCGUACGACGCACUCAAGGCCGCCGUGAUCGGCAGAUCCCAACCCUCUGACCGACAACGCCUGCAGGAGAUAAUUUCAAGCGAGGCUUUGGGGGACCGCAAGCCUUCUGACCUCCUCCGGCACAUGCAGGCAGUCCUCGGAAAUGCCUCAUUUGACGAGAAGCUCCUCCGCGAGCUAUUCCUGUCGAAGUUACCUCCUACCGUCCAGCUUGCCCUCUCUGUCGCAGACUCCACGAAUCUAGCAGCCCUAGCGUCCCGUGCGGACAAAGCCAUGGAGCUGUACGCGGAUUCCAGCUUUUCCACCAACCUGGCAUCCGUAUCAAGCAACGUAUCGAGCAACGCUAUGCACUGCCAGCCGUCGCUCGCGCAGUCCCAAGACAACUCCGACCUCUCCCCCUUGCGAGAUGAGAUACGCCGUUUAGCGGACCUGCUGGAUCGCUCCCUUUCCCGCGACCAACCAUCUUCCCGUCGCCCGGACCAACGCCGUGCUAGAAGCCGUUCCCCGACUCCGCCACCUUCCAGGCGUCGCCAGCUUUGCUGGUUCCACAAGCGUUUCGGCCGUCGAGCUCGCCGCUGCGAAUCACCCUGUAACUGGCAGGGAAACGCCGAAGGGGAUUACUAG